AUGGGUGACAGAAGACUGACAAACACAGGCCAGAGCCAUGAAACUGUGUCAACUUCAACCACCACUGAUCCCUUGUCAGUAUGGGGUGUCUAUGGUGCAAUUGUAAAAUCAACACAGCCCCGGGGCACUCCCCAGUCAGCUGCUAUUGUGGAAGUACAAAGGUACAUGGACAGCCCAGUUAUUAGUAGAAGUGAGGACCCACUGGCAUGGUGGCGUGAAAAUCAAUAUAUUUUCCCAAAUAUGUCUAAAGUGGUGAGGGAAAAAUUCAACAUAGUGGCCACUUCUGUGCCAUGCGAAAGAAUAUUUUCUAAAACUGGUAUCAUUAUAAAUGAAAGGCGCACACGGCUGAAGGCGUCCAAAGUUGAAAAACUUAUAUUUCUAAAUAUGGACAGUACUAACUCCUGA